GACGGUGCUGCAGAGUCUGUUUCUCAUUCACAGGGACAGAGGAGGACAGAGGGGGACAGAGAGGACAGAGGAGGACACGUCUGCGGCGAAGGAUCCAGGGUCUGUCAACAGAAGAGAGAGGAUCUGCGCAGAAACCCGCCUCACCGGUUCAGAAGGAGACAGAUUGGCAGCUGCUGAGGAGCCUGGAGGGUCUUUCUCUGGGACAGUGCUGCUGCAUUCUUCUUUCGGGAAGUGGUUUGGGAGAGGAGCUGUGGCUGACCGGCAGCCAUGCACCGCUUAAGGACUACGGUGGCAAGGCUUCGGCCUUUCACGGCUGCUCAGACGGCACAGAGCAUAUCACAGUCCAGACUGUUGGUGGUCGAAAGGAGUUUAAGGACGUUUCAGCUUGCAAGGUGUUUGAACACAUCUGUGACUGCUGAGCCCUUUCUUAAUGGCACAAGCUCAAACUAUGUGGAGGAGAUGUACUAUGCGUGGCUGGAGAAUCCCGGAAAUGUGCACAAGUCCUGGGAUAUAUUUUUCCGCAACGCUAAUGCGGGGGCUCCGCCUGGUGCGGCCUACCAGAGCCCUCCUUCCAUCAGUGGGACUUCUCAGGGACUGGCCAGUGUCCAGACAUUGGUGGGAGCUCAGCCAAAUGUGGAGAAGCUGGUGAAGGAUCAUCUAGCAGUACAAUCCCUCAUACGAGCAUACCAGGUACGAGGGCAUCACAUAGCCAAGUUGGACCCCCUGGACAUCAGCUGUGUAGACUUUGACGAUGCCCCGUGUGCUGUUGGUUUCCAGAACGUUGAGUUCUCUCAUUAUAAAGAACGUCUUUGUAUUCUGACGGCUCAAGGUUUAUAUGGGCUGGCAGAGUCCGACCUGGACAAGGUGUUCCGCCUUCCCACUACCUGCUUCAUCGGCGGCAACGAGACCACUCUGCCACUUAGAGAGAUUAUACACCGCCUUGAGAUGGCCUACUGUCAACAUAUCGGAGUAGAGUUUAUGUUCAUUAAUGACGUGGAGCAAUGCAAGUGGAUCAGACAGAAGUUUGAGACACCAGGAGUCAUGCACUUUAGUCUGGAGGAGAAGAGGACUCUGUUGGCCAGAAUGAUCCGAUCCACCAGAUUUGAGGAGUUUCUCCAGAGGAAGUGGUCAUCGGAGAAGCGGUUCGGUCUGGAAGGUUGCGAAUCACUCAUCCCUGCCCUCAAGACCAUCAUUGACAAGUCCAGUCAGAACGGAGUGGAGAGUGUGAUCAUGGGGAUGCCUCACAGAGGUCGGCUGAAUGUGCUCGCUAAUGUCAUCCGGAAAGAGCUGGAUCAAAUCUUCUGCCAAUUUGACUCCAAACUAGAGGCUGCAGAUGAGGGAUCUGGUGAUGUGAAAUAUCAUUUAGGGAUGUAUCACAAACACAUGAACCGGGUCAGCGAGAGGCUCAUCUCAAUGUCGCUCAUGGCUAACCCGUCUCACCUGGAAGCAGUGGACCCUGUGGUGCAGGGGAAGACCAAGGCUGAACAGUUCUACUGCGGGGACACGGAGGGCAAGAGGGUGAUGUCCAUCCUGCUUCACGGCGAUGCUGCAUUUGCAGGACAGGGCAUCGUGUACGAGACGUUCCACCUGUCUGACCUGCCCUCCUACACCACCCACGGCACCAUCCACGUGGUGGUUAAUAACCAGAUUGGUUUCACUACAGACCCCAGGAUGGCACGGUCCUCUCCUUACCCCACAGAUGUGGCACGGGUCGUAAAUGCUCCCAUUUUUCACGUCAAUGCAGAUGAUCCGGAGGCUGUGAUGUACGUGUGCAAUGUUGCAGCUGAGUGGAGGAACACCUUCCACAAAGAUGUCGUUGUAGACCUGGUGUGUUACAGACGUAACGGCCAUAAUGAGAUGGAUGAGCCCAUGUUUACUCAGCCGCUGAUGUACAAGCAGAUCAAGAAGCAGAAAGGAGUCCUGCAGAAGUUUGCUGAAAAACUCAUCACUGAUGGAGUCGUCACGGCACAAGAAUACGAGGAGGAAGUGGCGGGGUACGACAAAAUCUGCGAGGAGGCUUACGCUCGCUCCAAAGAUAAAAAGAUCCUUCACAUCAAACACUGGCUAGACUCACCAUGGCCUGGUUUUUUCACUCUGGAGGGUCAACCAAAAAGUAUGAGCUGCCCUUCGACUGGCGUCAGUGAAGAGGAACUCGGCCACAUCGGGAACAUCGCUGCCUCUGUCCCAGUGGAGGACUUCACCAUACAUGGAGGUCUGAGUCGUAUUUUAAAGGGCCGUGCAAACAUGGUAAGUCAGCGGGUGUGUGACUGGGCUCUCGGCGAGUACAUGGCCUUCGGCUCUCUGCUCAAAGACGGGAUCCAUGUACGUCUCAGUGGGCAGGAUGUGGAGAGGGGCACAUUCAGCCAUCGACACCAUGUUCUGCACGACCAGAACGUUGACAAGAAGAUCUGCAUCCCCAUGAACCACAUCUCUCCUGAUCAAGCUCCUUACACUGUCUGCAACAGUUCUCUAUCUGAAUAUGCAGUACUGGGUUUUGAAUUGGGCUUUGCAAUGGCCAGUCCCAACGCCCUGGUCCUGUGGGAGGCCCAGUUUGGAGAUUUUCAUAACACAGCUCAGUGCAUCAUUGACCAGUUUAUCAGCUCAGGUCAGGCCAAGUGGGUCCGACACAACGGCAUUGUGUUGCUGCUUCCUCACGGCAUGGAGGGAAUGGGCCCAGAGCACUCGUCUGCCCGUCCUGAAAGGUUUCUACAGAUGUGCAACGAUGACCCUGAUGUUUUCCCUAAACUGUCAGAGGACAUAGCGGUACGUCAGCUCUACGACUGUAACUGGAUCGUUGUCAACUGCUCCACUCCUGCAAACCUCUUCCAUGUUCUCCGCAGACAGAUCCUGCAGCCCUUCAGGAAACCUCUGAUUGUGUUCACACCCAAGUCGUUGCUGCGCCACCCCGAGGCCAGGUCCAGCUUUGAUGACAUGCUGCUGGGCACCCACUUUAAGCGUAUAAUCCCAGAUGACGGGCCUGCAGCUGCCAUCCCAGAGAAGGUGAAGAGAGUCAUCUUCUGCAGCGGAAAGAUUUACUACGAACUGACCCGGGAACGCAAGAACAGAGGCAUGGACGAUGCUGUAGUUGUUGUCCGCAUCGAACAGCUCUCACCGUUCCCCUUCGAUCUGGUGAAAGCAGAGACUGACCGCUAUGCAAACGCUGAUCUCGUUUGGUGUCAGGAGGAGCACAAGAARCAGGGUUACUAUGACUACGUCAAGCCCCGUAUCAGAACCACCGUCAACCAUACUCGCCCCAUCUGGUAUGCUGGCCGUGAUCCCGCAGCAGCUCCAGCUACGGGGAACAAACAAACUCACCUCAUGGAGCUGCACCGUUUACUGGACACAGCGUUCGAUGUGGAGGCGUUCGCAGGAAAAGUGUAGUGACUGGUCCAGUCCUCCCUCC